AUGGACGUCCUCAGGCAGAUCCAGCCGGACUACUACCGCGCGGUGGCGCAGAACCCCGCGCUGCUGCACGACCCGCAGGUGCAGCAGCACAUCGUGGGCGCCGUGCAGCAGUUCACCAUCCAGCGCGCCAUGCACGUGCAGCAGGAGCUCAACCAGCACAAGGACCGCGCCAACCACAUCCGCGCCGCCAACCAGGCCAUGCGCCCCGCGCAGCCCGGCGUGUUCAACCGCGCCAAGAGGCGCAAGCGCGGGGACGACUCGGAGUCGGACGGCGGCGCGGACUCGGACGACAGCGCGGAGGAGGCGUUCGUGAAGCGCGUGCGGUCGGGGCAGACGCGGUCGCGGCGCCGCGGGCGCGACGACCUGUCGGACGAGGACGCGCCCCUGGACCCGGAGGUGGCGGCGGCGGCGCGCGACGUGGCGCUGUCGGAGGGCCCGGUGGACCUGCGGUACCUGCGCGGCGUGGACGCCGGGCUGCUGACGCAGACGGCGGGGGACCGCGGGCACGCGGUGACGGAGUGGACGUGCACGGCGUGCGGGGGCGACGACGUCGAGGGCACGGUGGUGCAGUGCGACGGGUGCGACGCCGCGGUGCACCUGGCGUGCUACGGGCUCACGGACGCGGACGUGCAGGGCGACUGGUACUGCGACGCGUGCGCGGCGCAGCUCGACCCCGCGCGCUGCCAGUGCGUGGUGUGCCCGGUGCGGCGCGGGGCGCUGCGGCGCGUCGUGGAGUGGGGCGCGUGCCGCUGGGGCGACGCCGAGGAGGGCGUGCGGCGCGAGAAGGAGGCCGAGGAGGCCGCCAAGCAGCGCCUCGACCGCAAGCACGCCGCGCAGGACCCCGCGGCCAACGAGACGCAGGCCGUCCUGGAGAGCCUCGCGGCGGGCGGCGCGGCGGCGGGCGACGCGGGCGCGAAGCCCAAGGCGAAGCGCGGGCGGCCGACCAAGGAGGACAUCCGCCAGCGGCAGGCGCUCGCCGACGAGGCCGAGCGGCUCAAGCGCCUGGCCGAGCGCCCCACGGGGCCGUCGAUGCGCGUGGUGCUCAACAAGCUCGGCGACGCGGACGUGGGCGAGCGGCGCUUCUGCCACGUGGCGUGCGCGCGGUGGCUGGACGGCGUGGAGUUCGCGGACCCCGCCAAGCUGUCGGGCGUGAGGCUCACGGGGCUGAGCAAGGAGCAGCUCGACCUGCGGUGCGCGGCGUGCGGGCAGCGGGGCGGCGCCGUGCAGUGCUGCGUGCGGUCGUGCGUGAACGCGUUCCACGCGACGUGCGGGAUGUUCCGCGGGCACGUGCUGGCGCAGCGCAGCACCGACGGCGCCCCGCUCGCCUUUUGCUACAAACACUCCGACGACCGGUACGAGCAGCUCAGGGGCGACUACAUCAGCGGCGCGAAGCGCCUCUGGCACGAGGACGCGCCGGCCGCAGCGGCCGGCGGCGCGGCGAGCGACGCCGUGGACCUCCGCCGGGACGCUGCGAAGCGCGUGCGUCAGGUCUACGCCGUGCUGGCGUCAAGAGAAACUGCUUGA